ACGGAAAUUGUAAACAAAUAUUCGAAUAUUAUUAUGGGAAAAAUGAAGGCAUUAGGGCCAUCCCUGACUCUCUUUGCGCUCUCUUCAAUCUCUCUCUCUCUCCGUUCUCUUUCAGGGCAAGAUACUGGUCGCGGCCUCUCACCAUUUGCUCCUCUGAGUUCCGCUUCAUUCCGAGCAUCCUCUUCUUCCAGGGAAUAUAACAACUGAUGGAGUCCGUUUCUAGGUCCAGUAAGGUUUUUGAAGACGAUGACGAUGACGAGGAGUUCGGCAAGAGAGAAGGGUCUUUUCACAAAGAGUUGACUUUAACGAUUGAUGGGAGGAGUAUUGAUCAAACGGCUAGCGCACCACGUUCAAAGCAUUCUGCCACAGAGCAAAGGCGCAGAAGCAAAAUAAAUGAUAGUAAGUUUUACUUUUGUUGCUCCUAUGGGUUUGGAAUCAUCUUCACCUAUUCACUAUUUCAAGUACUGAGAGGACUACUGCCAAAUAGUGAACAGAAAAGAGAUAAAGCAUCGUUUCUUCUUGAGGUCAUUGAAUAUAUCCGGUUCUUGCAUGAGAAGGUACAAAAGUACGAGUCAAUUUACCCUGGAUGGAUUGAUGAAAAUACCAAAUUGUUGGCCUGGAACAAUCACCAAGAUUCUGGUGAUAACAUAGGUGAUGCAUCAAUCAUCAAGAAUGGCUCUGCUCCUGGAUUUGUCUUAUCUGAAGCUGACAACUUGGCUUCCCAUUUUCAAUGGAUGAGAGCAUCAAACCCGGGAGAUUGUGCCAUUAGCAAUGACAUGCUAGAUGAACUAACAAUUGAUGAAGGAACAAUUAGCGUGUCCUGUGCAUAUUCUCAAGGGCUUUUGAAUAAUUUAAGCGAAGCGUUACAGAACUCUGGUAUAGACCUUUCACGGGCAAGCGUAUCUGUGCAAAUUAAUUUGGGGAGGAAAUCAGGUGGUAGGAGUUCUAAGCCUUCCUUAAGUUCUAAGCUCGGGUGGAGAUAUUACUGUUUUAGCACAUUAUAUCAAGGUGCUUGCCUCCUCGCCUGGGCAUUCAGGCAAAAGCACUCAGAAUGCUAUUGUUAACAAUGGCUCAUUCUCAAGUUAAACCAAAUAAGGCUUCGUUUUUUACGGAUUUUUUUUAUGCUCUUAAUACAUAAAUUAAAAUUUUUGUAUAGAAGGUUGCUUUAAGAAGCAACAAGAAAGCUAUCUCAAAUGAAGCUUAAAUAUACGCACUGACAAUGCUAGUACUUUUUAACACAA